AUGGCCCCCAACCCCGCACGAACGCGCAGGAAGCAGCACCUCCGAAUGAUAUCCACCAACACAAAACCCACCCUAUAUCCAUCGACACUCUCACUCCGCGGCGGUGGCCCCGCCCCCGCUCCCGCCCCCGCUCCCGCUCCCGCCCCUGCCCCUGCCCCUGCCCCUGCCCUCGCCCUUAUACCCGCCCCACCUCCCCCCUACCUCAACCCCCUCACCAUCCCCGCCAUCGCCCCCCACCGCACCCACAACAGCACCCGCCACAUCCUCAACCGGCAAAUGCGCAGCACCGUCACCGACCUCGUCACGCUCCACCGCUCCCUCUACUUCCUCCAAUUCAUGCUCCGCAGCCUCUACCGCCGCGUCGCGCGCACCAUGACCACCAACCACGCCGCCCCCGACAUCACCCGCCUCACCCGGCGCAUCAUCUCGCAGCGCCAGACGCACGCCUCGCUCCGCGCGCACUUCUCGCUGCACGAAGCACGCGCCCACAUCACGCUCGACUUCGCGGCCAACGCCGUGCGCUCGUGGAACACGAUGCCCGGCGUGGCCGUGGACGGCGUCACCGGCGUCCGGGCGUUUCCAAGGGUGUUUGGGCGCAGCGAGAGGCGCAUGUAUGGCCUUGUGCGCAGGCUGGUGGACGAGCAUGAGGUCAUGUAUGUGGGCAUUGGCGAGAUGCUGAGGGACUUUUACGCGCAUGGUUCGGCGCUGUAUUGUGGGAUGCAGUAG